GUGACAGGAGUGCGAACUAAAGAGAAAGAGAAAUGGCGCCUCAAUGCCAUACUUACUGAGGCAGAGUACAGACGGAUAGACAGAUUAAACAAGUGCAAAUAAACGGACAAAUCAUGGUGAACACAAGAAAGAACUCUCGGCAUAAGCCGAGCAGUCCCUUCAUCUCGUCCAGGACCCGGUCUUCUGCCAGAAAUCCCUCCAACUCUGAAGAACAUAAGGAUCCCAGUAGUGAUGUGAGCAGUCCCAGCAGUCCUGGACUGUCCCCUCCCUCGAAGCGAACCCGUAGACAGACCAGCUCCAGCGACACCUCUCCCUCCCCCCAGGCCAAGGGCCAGAGGGUCUCCUGGGGCAUGCCCACCUACCGCACCAGGUUGUCAUCUGGCGCCCUGCAAAAUGGAAAUGCCCAUAAGGAUGAGGGGGCAGGAGACCACUCUCACAUGAACGGCCAUGUUGACCGGAAGAGGAGCUGCCAAGUGAGGAAGAGCCAGUUUGAACACCUCAACCAGAGCCUGCUGUUUGACCAGCUCGUCAACAGCACGGCGGAGGCAGUUCUUCAGGAAAUGGACAACAUCAGCAGCAUCAGACAGAACAGGGAGGUGGAGAGACUCCGCAUGUGGACAGACACUGAGGUGGUAAGUCUGUCAAUCAGCCAGUCAAUCUGUAUCAUGCCAUAUGAAAGUGGGUUCCGAAUUCGAGAAAACAUGGACAUGUAUUCUCGUGUGAAGAGGAGGAAGGCGCUGCGCAGGAACACCUUUGGCAUGCAGACACACCACAAAGCCAUGAGCAAGACCGAAUCGGAAGAGGGGACUGAAGAAUCUCACGGUGAAGAAGAGGAUGACGAAGCAGAGGAGGAUGAAGAAAGAGACGAGGCAGAGGAGGUUGGAGAGGGGAACGACAGACCGUACAACCUGAGACAACGCAAGACUGUACAGAGAUACGAGGCGCCACCUAUUGAGCCCGUCAACAGAAAACAAACCAACCCCUCCCUGUUUGACACCCACAGAUCCCCAGCAAGGAGAAGCCAUAUACGAGUGAAGAAGCAUGCCAUCCACAGUAGCGACACUACGUCGUCGUCUGACGAGGAAAGAUUUGAGAGGAGGAAAAGCAAAAGCAUGACCCGGGCCAGGAACAGAUGUCUGCCUUUGAACCUGAGAGCAGAGGACCUGGCCAGUGGGGUGCUGAGGGACAGGGCCAAGGUGGGAGCUAGCCUCGCUGAUGUGGACCCCAUGAAUCUGGACACCUCAGUGAAGUUUGACAGCGUAGGAGGGCUGUCCAACCACAUCCAGUCUCUGAAGGAGAUGGUGGUCUUCCCUCUACUUUAUCCAGAGGUCUUCGAAAGGUUCAAGAUACAGCCCCCGAGAGGGUGUUUGUUCUAUGGCCCACCGGGUACAGGGAAGACCCUUGUAGCGCGGGCUUUGGCCAACGAGUGUAGUCAAGGAGACAAAAAGGUGUCUUUCUUCAUGAGGAAGGGAGCCGACUGCCUCAGCAAGUGGGUCGGCGAAUCAGAACGACAGCUACGCCUACUUUUUGACCAGGCGUACCUGAUGAGGCCCUCCAUAAUCUUCUUUGAUGAAAUAGACGGGCUGGCCCCAGUGCGCUCCAGCAGACAGGACCAGAUACAUAGCUCCAUAGUGUCCACUCUGCUGGCGUUGAUGGAUGGUCUGGACAGCCGAGGGGAAAUCGUGGUGAUCGGUGCUACCAAUAGGCUGGACUCCAUAGACCCUGCUCUACGGAGGCCUGGACGCUUUGACAGGGAGUUCCUCUUCAACCUGCCUGACAAGAAGGCCCGAAGACAAAUCCUUGAGAUCCACACACAGGACUGGAAUCCUAGACUGGCUGAACAGUUUGUAAAUGAGCUGGCUGAGAAAUGUGUCGGUUACUGUGGCGCAGACAUCAAAGCACUUUGCACAGAGGCGACCCUGGUGGCACUGCGGCGUUGCUACCCCCAGAUCUACGGCAGCAGUGUUAAGCUGCAGCUGGACGUCAGCCAUGCUCUGCGGACCAUCGUCCCAGCUUCCCAGAGAGCCCAGGCUCCUCCAGGCCGAGCUCUGGCCCCCAACAUACGCCCCCUACUAGCCAACACACUGGCCACGGUGCUGGAGGUCCUGCUCCGAGUCUUCCCCCACGCAGAAACACAGCACAGGGACAGUGGAGGAGACGUUGACAAUCACCUGCUAGAGGAGGUCAGUGAAGAGGAGACGGAUGGACCAGCUCCCUCCAUCUACAACCUCCAGCCGGGAUCCCCAAAGACAUACCCCUCUACGGCACACACACCUGUCCUACACUUCACCAUAUCAGCCCUUCACCAGCCCACGUCGUACCGGCCUCGCCUGCUGCUGGCGGGUCCCCCCGGUUCGGGACAGAGUUCUCACCUGGCCCCUGCUGUGUUACACCACCUGGACAAGCUGUCUGUCCACCUCCUUGACUUGCCCACACUCUACUCUGUCAGCGCCAAGACACCCGAGGAGUCCUGCGCUCAGGUGUUCCGUGAGGCGUGUCGGAGCGUGCCCAGUGUGGUGUUCAUGCCCCAUAUCUGUGAUUGGUGGGAUUCGGUCAGCGACACGGUGAAGAACACCUUCUUCUCUCUACUCCAGGACGUCCCCUCUUUCACCCCCCUCCUCAUCCUCGCCACCACAGAGACGUGUUACACACAGCUACCACAGGAGGUGAAGUUGAUGUUCCAGACGACGUACGGGGAGGUGGUCAGUCUGUCUUCACCUGGAGAGGAGGACAGACGAAGGUUCUUCAUGGACCUGCUACUGGUACAGGCUGCUAGAGCGCCACCCCACAGGAGACACAAAGCCCUGCGGUGUGAGGAGGUGCUUCCGGUAGCGGAGGUCCCUGGCCCCAGGGUUCUCUCCCCCGAGGAACAGCUUCGUCUGGCCGACCAGGAGGAGAACACUCUGAGAGAACUGCGUCUGUUCCUCAGGGACGUCACCAAGCGCCUCGCCAUAGACAAACGCUUCAACAUCUUCAGCAAACCUGUUGACAUUGAGGAGGUGUCAGACUACCUGGAGGUGAUUAUUCAGCCUAUGGAUCUAUCUACGGUCAUGACCAAGAUCGACACCCAUAAAUACCUAACGGCCAAGAACUUCUUGGUAGACAUAGACCUCAUCUGCAGCAAUGCCCUGGAGUACAACCCUGACAAGGAGCCCUCAGAUAAGAUCAUCCGCCACAGAGCGUGCAGUCUGAAGGACACGGCGCACGCCAUGCUGGCCUCGGAGCUCGACCCAGAGUUCAACCGCAUGUGUGAGGAAAUCAAGGAGUCACGCAGGAAGAGGGACCUCCAGAUUCCGGAUGUGCCUCCUGUCUCCCUGGCUGCCGUGGUAACCACCAGGAAGCCGGCUGGAGAGGAGAACUCUGGGAGCAGCACUCAGGGAGAGGCCGUCGACAAGCACCACUGCAGCAGCAAUCACAUAAAAAGGAAAGCACGUCGGCGGCCAUCUUGGGGGCGGGGCAUCAUUAGGAAGAAGAAGAACUACAAGAAGGGAACGGAGGAAGAGGAGGAUGAAGGUGCGGAGCUUAAGCUGGAAACGGAGGUACCCAGCGACUCCUGUCUGACUCAGGACGAAGAGUCUUCCUGUGACACCAUGGACCCUCAGCCCAACGGACACCACACACACCCUCACACAUAUGGCAUCUCCACGGAGGAAGAGAGCUCCAAUGAGGCCCCUAGGGGCCAGAUAACAGACACCCAAGGGGAGAGCAACACAGGGAUAGGGCCCAAGGAGGACGAGACACCAGCUACAGACGACAAAGCCAAAUCUACAUCCACAGACAAAGACCCCCAGUCUAAAAGUGUGUCUUAUUGUAAAAACAAGGAGCCUCAAGCCCAGGCGAUCCAGUCUAAAGAUGAAGGGUCGUCAUCUAAAGAUGAAGCGCUCCAAUCUAAAGAUGAGGGUUCCCAAGCCAAAAGCGAGAACCCCCAAGCCAAGCCUAAGGAGGAAGGUUUCCAGCCCAUGGAUGUUGAGAAGUUCCAGCCUAAAGACGACGAAGUCCAGUCCAGGACUGAGCAGCAGUCGUCAGCCCCCACGCCGGCCACAGCACCCCAUGUCCCUCGGGAGUGUGUGAACGGGAAUGAGUCCAUGGACAGCCUGGAUUCCCAGGCCCUCAAGUGCUCUGAGACAGAGGGGCCUACAGCGGUCGAAGGUGAAGCAUCAGGGGAAGAGGAAGACGUGUCGGCGUCUGCAGUGAGCAGAGGAACUCAGGAGGAGGACGGGAGGACAGGAGACACGGAGACGGGCAAGGAGGAGCAGGACAGAGAAGGCUGGUCCAAGGGGAGGAAGUGCAGAAUGAGACAAUCAGAGCAGUCAAAGGCAUCAACUGAAGGGACAGAGGAGCCUCCACAGAUCACUCCACCACCUACACUAGUGGUCGAUCAACAGCGACUCACGGCCCUCUUGGACACAGUGGUACAAAGGAGUGAAGGCUACAGCGUGGAACGCUUGGAGAGACUCUUCUCUCUCCUCAGUCAGUGCAUCUACCAACACCGACUGGACUACGACAAGACACGGCUACAGGAGGAGAUGGAGAGGAAAGUCCAGAAUUUCAUUACAUUCCUGUGAGACAGCCAGGUUUACCCUGAACACACACACACAAGCGGGACAGAGACAAGCCUUUGAGCCAAGUACUUACACACAGAGCAAAUAUAGAGCCCUGGUCUUAAAAUGAACGACAGAACGAGGAGAGACUUUUCUAUGGUGCUAUAGUCUCAGGUACCCUGGUCGGACCCAAAUCCAGUCUACAACCAAACAGACUCCUAGACACGCACACACGAACAGUGAAACGGGCAUUCCUGGUGCUAUUCAGGUGCUAUCCUAAUCCUUGCUGCUGUUGGGAGUAACUCGGAAAAUAACCAACAAAACAGAUUGGGUGAUGUCAUAUCUCAACGACGGCCUACUUUUAAACUGGCCAUGUGCGCGCGCACACACACAAACUACAUAUGUGCUUAGUUAUGCACACACCGUAAUCCCAUUCACAGAUUGUCACCAGCAGUGCGAGUAUGUGCAGUUAGCUUGGAGGUUGAGACAGUCUCCUGUCUUGUCACCAUUGCUGAGCCCAUGUCAUCUCUCAGUACACUAGUGAAUCAAGAUUAUAGGCCAGUCAUCUCAUAGAUACAACAGCUUACAGAUCAUACUUAGUCAUUAAAACAGCUUGGUUCGAUUAGCAUCUAAUCAAUUAUGAUUUAGUUUUUUUAUUGAUAUGGAUCUUAUAACCACCGUUCUCGCUCCAAACAUUGUCCAAUGUUCAUUAAAAUGUUUUUAGCAUGACCAUACUGUAGGGUAAAGUUGGCACUGCUGGGCUAGAAUCAAUUGCCAGCAUGUACAUGCAUUACAAAAACAUCAAAUCCCCAUUAAUAAGGGUGUUACUGAAAUACAUCAACGUGAACUGAGGAAGCAUUUGUUCGAAGUUUGCAGUGAACAUCAAAAUAACAUUCACUGACAAGACUUUUAUCACAGUCGUAGCAAACAAAUUGACGUGCUGCUUCUGCUAGCUCUAUCACAGUUCUGUCUAAUUCUGUGUAAUUUUUUUCUUCCACACAAGCUGUGCCCUGCUAAUUUUUAUUUCCUGUCAAUCCACACCUAACUGGAGUAACUAGAAGCAAUUCAAAUGAAAUUGGACACCUUUUGUAGUUUGCACUGACUAGCAUGUGCCUUAUUUAACCCCCAUAAAGAACAGCUGUUAAGGUUUUUAUCAACUGCUCUGUUCCAUGUAAUGCAGUAUAGUAAGUUGGAUGUAGAAGUUCCCCUUAACUAAGCACAUAUCUAGGAUCAAAUGACCAAACUCUCAAUCCUAACUUUAACCUUGACAGUGGUGUAAUAUCUGACCCAGGACCAGUGGAUAGAAGUCACUUCUACAGUAGGAAAGCAGAUCUACUCUUAGUCAGUCUUUUCCUGCCCACGUGAGUAAAAAAGGAUUUUGAGGACCGUAAGGUUUUUAUUACUUUCAUGUCAACGGAUGCCACAAAUUAGUCACAGCAAACGUGGUGCGAAUUUUCCCCAAAAUAAGUGCGACCGUUUGUAGUCGACAUUCAUAGGAAAACAAAUCUUAUAAACUCUAUAAAGAUUUAGAUAAGCAACUUACACAGUUUGCUAUGUAUUAUGAUGUGCAUUUGAUUCAUGAAAAAUGUUUUUUUUUUAUUGUAUGAUACAUUGGAAACGAUGUUUUGAAUUGUUAUUGAUUGUGAAGCUUCUGACCAUGAACAAGGCCAUUCAUUCAAGGCAGUGCCCUGUUGAGGUAUAAAACAGCAUUCUAUUGUUUGUUUAAUUAUUUUGUUGAUGCUUUUGACUGUCUGUCUAAUGGCAGUGGGAGGGGUGUAAUUAACUAUAGCCAGCCCAUCCAUGUUCACCUUGUGGUAAAGAUAAGCAUUUUUGUUUUUCAACUUUUUCUGGUCUUUCCUUGGCCAUGGAUGAGUCCAUGUUUUGACGAGAUGUGGCCAGCCUCAGUCUUUCACAUUCACAGCACUUUUAAAAGGUGGACUCCGAUAUGACAUGGUUGCAGAAAGUAAACCGCAUAAAGGGACAGCUUCCGCAACAACUUAAAGUGUUAAAGCACAAGGCUCAUCUUCUCCACUGUUUUGGUGCUGUGAACAGCGUGAAGCAGAUACUGUGUGUGAGCGAAGUCUUGCGUCUCGCUCGUCUCAAUAUCUGCGGCAGUGGGAUUUCGCUGUAUACCUUUUAAUGCCUGGGUUCUUCAGGUCCUGGAGAACCACUAGGCAUGCAGGCUUGUGUUCCAACCAAAUCAACUAAUUGUGGUGCUCUUCACGCUUGACUACGAUUGGGCUGUAACAAAAUCCUGUAUGCCUAGUACUUCUCCAGGAUUGGAGAGUUGUAGAGCCCUGCUUUAUGCUGAUCCAACCUCCGGUGCUUUCCACCCUAACUCCACAUCUGCCUUCUCUUGGAUUGCCAGGUGAUGAUUUAACAAUUAAAAUAAAUAAAAAUGAACAUAUGCAAACUAGCAUUGGAAUACUGCAGAGAUAGAGAAACAAAGCUACCUCAGCUUAAUUUAUUUUAAUGCUAAUAAGACAAACUGUUUACUGGGCGCAAACAGUAUUUUGCCAUGUCCCAACACUCAGUACAGCUAAGGUACUGGAUAAUCAGCACAAGUUCUGUGGCUGCUGCGGUAACCCAACAGUUUGUUUGGUUGGUUCCUCUGUUUUUUUGUCUAUAUUGCAUUUGAGCCGAGACGAAACAUACAGCAUUUAAUUUCAAGGAAAUGUCAAACUGUAUAUUUCAGUUCUGUAGACCGAGACGUCCUAAGAUUGCUUUCCUUUCAGAUCGCACUACUACACAUAUUCGCUAGUCUUGUCCAUCAAGCCACAAUCUCCUUUUUUUCAUUUGAGGGUGAUUGUUUUUGCAGACUUCAAUCUCUUUCUCGUGGUGAUUACAUUUUUAUUUUAUUUAUUAACAAUUAGACAUGUUUUUACAUCUAUCCAUUAAAACAGUAUUUUUGUACAUUAAACAAAUUGGCAAUAGUUGUUACUCGGUUAUGAGUUUAGUGCUGAAGUGAGGUAGCGGAUUAGCGUGUAUUGGAGAAUAAAGAAGUUUACAGGUGUCUCAGGUUUCUUCAGGCUACACAUGACCUUUCAACUUUCCUAUUUAUUCCAUUGUGGUGUUUGUUUUUCUUUAGUUUUGUGGUUAUGGACUGUGGGAUACUGGAUGAGGCUAACGUUGACUUAUUGGAAUUUUUUACAUCAAAACAAUAGCGUGUUGGUAGUUUAAAUCUUAUUCACGUUGCUGACACAAUUUGGCAACCAUCUUAUAAAAUAACAUCCGUCAAAGUUUGUCAGACAUUUUUGUCCCUUUAACAUUUGUUUGUUUUUAAGAAUUGGGUUUUAAAAUGUUAUACAUUUUUGUCAUCCUCUCUUGUUCUUGUCUAUACAUUUGUCAGUUUGGACAAACAACCAAUUUUUGUCUGGUAGUUAAAGAUUUAGUCCAGUAUGCACACAAUUUUCCAUCACUACUUACUGAGUUUCUCUUGUGCGGGAUUUAUUUAGUAGGUUUUGUUUUCGUAGCAUCGCCAUGUUAAUGAUUUUCUUGAGGUUAAAGUUUAUUGAACAUCCUCUUCCCCAUCAAAUGUUACUUUGUAAGUUAUUUGAAAAACUUUUACUGUAUUUCUAAAACACUGCUGUGAUAUACUUGAAUAAAGGUGCAAAUUGUA